AUGGGGAGGUGGAACAAGGGCGAUGGUGAAGUCAUUGUCAUCCCCAAGUCCUGCCAUGCCAAGAGGGAGGCUGCCAGCCCUAGGGGUUGGAAAUCCAGAAUGUCUCAGCAGAAGCAGAAGCAGUGCGCCCCUCCACAGCAGUGCGCCCCCCCACAGCAGUGCGCCCCUCCACAGCAGUGCUGCCCCCCACCCCAGCAGUGCGCGCCCCCACAGCAGUGCGCCCCCCCACAGCAGUGCGCUCCCCCGCAGCAAUGCUGCCCCCAACCUCAGCAGACCAAGCAGCCUUGCCAGCCUCCUCCCAAGUGCCAACAGAAGUGUCCUCCACCCCAGCAGUGCCAGAAGUCCAAGCAGAAGUGA